CUAAUAGCCUGGUCCAGCUUCUUACUCUCUCUCUCUCUGCUUCUUCACUGCAGUGUGACCAGAGGCUCUGCUCCUUCUAUAAUACCUUGCCUGCCUCGAUGGAAUUUAUCCCUUCCAACUAAAAUGGCGGAGCAUGGGGAGGCCUCUGAGGAUCAAGUUUCUGAAUUUGAUUAUGAAUUUCUCCCUGAACUUUCUGUUUUUCUUGGAGUGGAUGCAGUUCAGCUGGCAAAGAGCCAAGAAGAAGAAGAGUGUAAGGAAAGAAUGAAAAUGAAGAAAGGUUUUAACUCGCAGAUGCGCAGUGAAGCCAAACGACUAAAGACUUUUGUGACCUAUGACACGUUCAGAUCGUGGACACCACAGGAGAUGGCAUCUGCUGGGUUUUACUACACUGGGGUGAAAUGUGGGGUCCAGUGCUUUUGCUGUAGCUUAAUCCUCUUUGGUACGAGCCUCAGGAAACUUCCCAUAGAGAGCCACAGGAAAUUACGACCAGAAUGUGAGUUCCUUCUGGGCAAAGAUGUUGGCAACAUUGGCAAGUAUGACAUCCGGGUGAAGAGUCCAGAGAAGAUGCUGAGAGGUGACAAAGCAAGGUACCAUGAGGAGGAGGCCAGACUGGAGUCCUUUGAGGACUGGCCAUUUUAUGCCCAUGGGACAUCACCACGUGUACUCUCAGCAGCUGGCUUUGUCUUUACGGGUAAAAGGGACACUGUGCAGUGUUUCUCCUGUGGUGGAUGCUUGGGAAACUGGGAAGAAGGAGACGACCCCUGGAAGGAGCAUGCCAAGUGGUUCCCCAAAUGUGAAUUUCUUCAAAGUAAGAAAACCUCAGAGGAAAUUGCCCAGUAUAUCCAAAGCUACGAGGGAUUUGUUCAUGUAACGGGAGAACAUUUUGUGAAUUCCUGGGUCAGAAGAGAACUACCUGUGGUGUCAGCUUACUGCAAUGACAGUGUCUUUGCUAAUGAAGAACUAAGGAUGGACACAUUUAAGGACUGGCCCCACAAAUCACCUGUGGCUGUUGAAGCUCUGGUCAGAGCAGGCCUUUUCUACACAGGCAAAAGAGACGCUGUCCGGUGUUUUUCCUGUGGAGGAUGUAUGGAGAAGUGGGAGGAAGGUGAUGACCCAAUAGAAGAUCAUACCAAGUUUUUUCCCAACUGUGUAUUUCUUCAAACCCUGAAGUCCUCUGCAGAAGUGAUUCCAGACCUUCAGAGCCAGUUUGUACUUCCAGAAAUCAUGGAAACCACAAGUGAAAGCAACCACGAGAAUCCAGCUGCAGUCCAUCCUACAGUGAUGGAUGUUGCUCCAAGUGAAGCCCAGGAGCUUGAACCUGCAUCCAGCUUUGUGUCUGUUCGCUAUAGAGACCAGUAUCAGAAAGAAACCCAAGGAUGGGGAUGUGCAUCCAGGGGGUCCUAUCUUCCCUCCACAGUCUUGACUCAGAGUGAAGCCCAGUGGUUUCAAGAGGCCAGGAGUCUGAGUGAGCAGCUGAGAGACACCUACACCAAAGCCACUUUCCGCCACAUGAACUUGCCAGAAGUGUGCUCCAGCCUUGGCACCGACCACUUGCUUGGCUGCGAUGUGUCCAUCAUUUCAAAGCACAUCAGCCGGCCAGUGCAAGGGGCCCUGACAAUCCCCGAGGUCUUCUCCCAUCUCAGCUCUGUCAUGUGUGUGGAGGGGGAAACUGGCAGUGGAAAGACAACCUUCCUGAAGAGAAUAGCUUUUCUCUGGGCAUCAGGAUGCUGUCCCCUGUUGAACAGGUUCCAGCUGGUCUUCUACCUCUCCCUUAGUUCCAUCACCCCUGACCAGGGACUGGCUAACCUCAUCUGUGCCCAACUCCUAGAGGCAGGAGGAUGCAUUAGUGAAGUGUGCCUAAGCAGCAGCAUCCGGCAGUUACAACACCAGGUGAUGUUCCUGUUGGAUGACUACAAUGGGCUGGCCUCACUCCCCCAAGCCCUAGACACACUGAUCACAAGAAACUACUUGUCACGGACCUGCUUAUUGAUCGCUGUGCAUACAAACAGGGUCAGGGACAUCCGCCCAUACCUAGAUACAAGUCUAGAGAUCAAAGAGUUUCCCUUCUAUAAUACUAUCUCUGUGUUACGGAGGAUUUUCUCCCAUAAUAUAACACAUCUACAGGAGUUUAUGGUUUAUUUUGGAAUGAAUGAAGAUUUACAGGGAAUUCACAAAACCCCCCUCUUUGUGGCAGCAGUCUGUACUGACUGGAUUCAAAAUCCAUCAGACCAACCCUUUCAGGAUGUGACUCUUUUCAAGUCCUACAUGCAGUACCUGUCGUUAAAGCACAAAGCUACUGCUGAGCCUCUCCAGGCCACCAUGUCCUCAUGUGGGCAGCUGGCCUUGACAGGGUUUUUCUCAACAUGCUUUGAAUUCAGUAGUGAUGACCUGGAAGAGGCAGGAGUUGAUGAAGAGGAAGAAUUCACCACCUGCUUGAUGAGCAAAUUCACUGCCCAGAGACUGAGACCAGUCUACCGGUUUUUAAGUCCUCUGUUUCAGGAGUUUCUUGCUGCCAUGAAGCUGACUGAACUGCUGGGUUCAGAUAGGCAGGAAGACCAAGAUCUGGGACUUUAUUAUCUGAGAAAAGUUAACUCACCCUUGAAGGCUAUGACCACCCACAAAAAUUUUUUGAAGUAUGUCUGCAGCCAUCCUUCCUCAAAGGCAGGGCCAGCAGUUGUAUCUCAUUUGCUUCAGUUGGUGGAUGAGAAAGACUUGCUGGAGAACAUGUCUGAAAUUGAGGAAUAUGUAAAUCGCCCUCCAGAAACUUCCCGGAUAAGUCAGGCAAUUAAGGAACAGUGGCAGCUGUCUCCUGAAUCUUUAUCUUCAUUAAUUUCAGAAAAUUUAUUGAGCAUUGCUCUAAUCUUUGCUUAUGAAAGCAACACGGUUGCUGCAUGCUCGCCAUUUAUCUUAAAGUUCCUUCAAGGGAGAACACUGGCUUUGAAAGUACUGAAUUUACAGUACUUUAGGGACCACCCAGAAAGUGUGUUACUGGUGAAGAGUUUAGAAGUCUCCAUAAAUGGACAUAAAAUUCCAGCUGUUAAAGACUACUCAGUCAUGGAAAAAUGUUAUGAAACAUUACAGCUACCAACUAUAGAUCAGGACUAUGCAUCUGCCUUUGAAAAAAUGAAGGAAUGGAUGAAAAAUUUAUCUGAAAAUGAAGAGAACAUAACGAGUUUUAUGAAAAACCAACUUUUGAAUCCACCCAAAAUAAGCUCUGGCUAUUGGAAACUGUCCCCCAAGCCAUGCAAGAUCCCUAGACUGGUUGUUUCAGUAAACUACAUGGGUCCAGCUGACCAAGCACUGCUCCAGGUCCUAAUGGAAAUCUUCUCAGCUUCACAGCUUAUCGAGCUCCAAUUAUUCAACAGCAGUGACUUUCUUGAAAGCGUCUGCCCAGCUCUGGAGCUGAGUAAGACCUCUGUCACCAGGUGCUCCAUAUCCAGGCUGGAGCUCAGCACAGCAGAACAGGAGCUGCUUCUCACCCUGCCUGCCCUGCAGACCCUUGAGGUCUCAGGGACAAACCAGUUACCAGAAUUUCCUUUUUGGGUCUAUUUGGUGUUUUUGGACCUUCCUGUAUCUUCUUGGUGGAUCCAUCUCAGUUUGGAUCAGCUAUUCCGUAACUUGGACAAGUUCCUGGGCCUGAAAGAACUGUCUGUGAGACUAAAUGGCAAAUCAGAUGUGCUCUCAGUCCUUCCUGGAGAGUUCCCAAACCUCCAUCACAUGGAGAAAUUAUCCAUCGAAACUUCCACAGAGUCUGAUCUCUCCAAACUAGUUAAAUUGAUUCAGAACUCUCCAAAUCUCCAUGUUUUCAAUCUGAAAUGUUGUUUCCUUUCAAAUUGUGAGUCUCUCAUGGCUGUGCUUGCGUCCUGCAAGAAACUCAUAGAGAUUGAGUUAUCUGGACGAUGCUUUGAAGCCAUACCCUUUGGUAAGAACUGUACAGCUUUGACUUAAAUGCCACUGAUGUCAUGGUGACUAUGAGAACACCUGAUCCCCAGUGAGGCUCUCACAACAACGAAUGUGCUACAGUUAAUAAAUGUCAGUUUAAACAUAAACUACAGUUUAAACUUUUCAUUUGAAGAGUUGUGUCCUCUCCUUUGUCAUAGUUAUUCAGUCAG